AUGUACUGGUCCUUGGACAUACUGCCGUUGCCUCCUAUUGUUGAGCUUGGCGUCCACUCAUUGAGCGGCCUUCUGUGGACACUACUGCUGUUGUUCCUGUGGCACUGUUAUCGGAUUGGCUCCGACCUUCCGAUGGCGGUUCAUGCCCACGGGGCAAAGAUGGGUUCAAUAAGGUCUGCGAGGUCUCUUGGCGGAACCUGGCCAAGGACAAAGUAUAAAGCACAGUCUAAGCUUUACAGAAGUGAUCAAAAGAAAAUGUUUAUAAGCAUGGAAACAGAAGAAGAUGAGGAGGAACAAGACUACCUCACCCCAGUGCUGAGACAUGCCAAGUUCCCGUCGCAGGCAUCUGCUCAGGCCAAAAAACUGUACUCAGCCCUGCAAGAGUAUGCCAAACGCUACAGCUGGGUGGGAAUGGGCCGCAUUCAUAAAGGCCUUCGUGAGCAGAUCAAGCUGAAUGAUCACUCAACUAUACAGAAGCCACAUCUUUUCUUCCUGCCAGAUGUUUUAAGUGUUCCUUUUUUCCCACGCGAUGCCCAUCGACAUGAUAUCGAAGUCUUGGAAACAAAUUACCCUGUAAUCUUGGCUGAGUUUCAGGCCGUUUACAAAAGAGGCAUUGACACCAAAUUCGGCUGGACCGGAAUGGGAUCAAAGGGCCAGGCAGUAUUUCCACUGUACAGUGCAGGUGUGUACGUGGCAGCCAACUGUCGCUCCUGUCCUUGCACGUACCGGACACUGCUGUCCCUCCGCACAUUUAUCAGCAGCAACUCCUUAGGAUCGGCUGGAUUUUGGUUGCUGGGACCUGGCGCUGCAUUGGGGAGCUCUUAUGGACCCACUAAUACCCGGCUUCGCUGUCAUCUAGGUCUGCAAACUCCCCCUCUGUGUGAACUAGUUGUCGGAGGGGAGCCUCAGUGCUGGUCUGAGGGACACUGCCUGCUAGUUGAUGACUCGUUCCUUCACACAGUCGCACAUAAAGGCCCCCCAGAAUCUGGCCCUCGAGUGAUUCUCUGUGUAGACGUCUGGCAUCCCAAUGUGGCUGCGGCUGAGAGACAAGCGCUGGACUUCAUGUUUAGUCCUGAUCUCUGA